AUGAUCCACACGCUUACUUGGUUCCUAGUAACUUAUUUGAUCGUUGGGGAUCACAGUUCAGAAGGACUAGCUCAGCUAUUGGACAAUGACUGCGGAAGGACGAAAUACACUGGAUCGCGAGUAGCUGGAGGCCAAAAUACACAGAUGAAUUCUGCCCCUUGGAUGGCAUACUUGUAUACAACCACCAAGUUUAUUUGUGGCGGUUCUCUUGUCCACAAAAGCUAUAUCCUCACCGCUGCGCAUUGCUUUGAUAAAUACAUUGAAGUAUUUGUUCGAUUGGGAGAUCACAUGGAAUAUGCGAUUACAGAUAAAUAUAUCUACCCCCGCUACAAGUCUUAUACCUAUUAUGAUGUAGCUGUGGCAAGACUCAGUAAAUCCGUAAUAUACACAGAUAGCGUUUCGCCAAUUUGCGUGUUAUUGGAUCAGCGAUGGCAUGCAUACGUAAACACAAUUCCAGAAUUUAUUGUCACUGGUUGGGGAGCAACAGAGAAGUUUAACAUGAGCUCAAUUCUUCAGGUAGUUUCAGUGCCUCAAGUGGACCGAGCCACCUGUAGCAGAAUUUAUAGAUAUAGGAUAGAUAAUACCCAGAUAUGUGCAGGUGAUGCUAAACAUUAUAUGGGCAAAGGGGAUUCUGGCAGUCCAUUGGGAAUAUGGGUGCAAUUGAAAGGUAUCCAACGUUUCGUUCAAUUCGGAAUUGUCAGUUAUCACAUAGCAGAUUAUAAAAGUCCAGCAGUUUUUACAAAUGUCUUGAGCUAUUCAAGAUGGAUUUCAGCAACAAUAACAACUUUUAAUUAA